UGGGCAGUGGGGGUGAUGAGCCCUUUCGUGUUCUCGGGAUGGUAAGUUUGGGACACAGGAGAGUGAAGAUCGCAGGCCAGGGGUGGACUGACAGCCCAUGGCAGGCGCAGGGCAGGUUCGGCCUGGGGCUGGCAGGGUUUGGGUGAGAAAUGGCAGCCCAUGGGGAAUUGCCACAGCAGGGCUCUAGGGCCUUCAGAGCCAAGCCCCGACACUCCUCCCCAUCUACGGUGCAAAACUGGAGAAGGCAGAGGACAGGGUGAGGGAGGUUGGUUCCCAAAGGAGAUGCCAUCCCCGUUAAGGGGACACAGGCCCCUGGAAGUUGGGUUGGGCCACAAGGAGAGAGGCCUGAACCGCCAAAGGGAGGAGGCGUGGGCAAGCCGCAGCCUCAGACCUCUGCCUCCUCCCUCAGACCGUGAGGCUCCCCAGCCCCGCUCGGGGGACCUCGACAUCGCUGGCCUGGAUCAGACCUACUGCCCCUCUCCGCCCCUGGGUCCCUACGGACCUGGAGACGGGCAGACGGAGGCCCUAGCUCCCUGCAGGGGAGGGGAGUGAAGACGCGCGGGGGUGGGAGGGGGGAAGAUGAGCCGGCGUCGCCAUGGCAACAAGACCGGUGGUCCGGCCCUGGGGACCCGGGAGGGAGGGAGGUAGGGAAGGAGGGAAGGAGGCGCCGUAGCCGCGCGCGCGGGCGGGAGCGGAGGCCCGGGUCUCCCAGGAGGAGUUGGGGAACACCUGGCGAUUCUGCCGGCCGCUUCCCGGUGGCGCAGGGAUCCCGCGUGUUUGCGGGUGCGUGUGCGUGCGAAGUUCUCCGCCUGCGCCCGCCGUUCCUCCAGUGCCUGGGCACCUGUUGGAGGCAGAGACAGGUGCAGGGGGCUGGGCAGACCGGGGGCGUGAAGGUGCGGGGGAGCGUGCCAGCCUGUGUGCGCUACGGGGGAGCCUGAGGUGGCAUCUUAGGCUGGGGUCUCCACCGUGGGCUGCGCCAGGGGUGCUGCAUGAGGGGCCGCAGGGGCGACCGCAUGACCAUCAACAUCCAGGAGCACAUGGCCAUCAACGUGUGCCCCGGGCCCAUCCGGCCCAUCCGCCAGAUCUCUGACUACUUCCCCCGCCGGGGACCAGGACCUGAAGGGGGCGGCGGGGGCGGUGGGGAGGCCCCCACCCAUCUGGCCCCCCUGGCUCUGGCCCCCCCUGCAGCCCUCCUUGGGGCCAACACGCCUGAGGAUGGUGCAGAGGUGGACGGCUAUGACUCGGAUGAUGGCACCGCCCUGGGCACGCUGGAGUUUGACCUUCUCUAUGACCGGGCCUCUUGCACUCUGCACUGUAGCAUCCUCAGGGCCAAGGGCCUCAAGCCCAUGGAUUUCAAUGGCCUCGCAGACCCCUAUGUCAAGCUGCACCUGCUGCCUGGAGCCUGUAAGGCCAAUAAGCUAAAAACGAAGACUCAGAGGAACACGCUGAAUCCUGUGUGGAAUGAGGACCUGACGUACAGUGGGAUCACGGAUGAGGACAUCACACACAAGGUUCUCAGGAUUGCCGUGUGUGAUGAGGACAAGCUUAGCCACAAUGAGUUUAUUGGGGAGAUCCGCGUGCCACUCCGCCGCCUCAAGCCUUGCCAGAAGAAGCAUUUUAACAUCUGCCUCGAGCGCCAGGUCCCGCUGGCAUCCCCCUCUUCCAUGUCGGCAGCGCUGAGGGGCAUCUCCUGUUAUCUGAAGGAGCUGGAGCAGGCAGAGCAGGGGCCGGGGCUGCUGGAGGAGCGUGGCCGCAUCCUGCUGAGUCUCAGCUACAACUCGAGGCGCCGGGGACUGCUGGUAGGCAUCUUGCGCUGCGCCCACCUGGCUGCCAUGGACGUCAACGGUUACUCGGACCCCUACGUCAAGACGUACCUGAGGCCUGACGUGGACAAGAAAUCCAAGCAUAAGACGUGUGUGAAGAAGAAGACUCUCAACCCAGAAUUUAAUGAGGAGUUUUUCUAUGAGAUAGAGCUCUCCACUCUGGCCACCAAGACCCUGGAAGUCACCGUCUGGGACUAUGACAUUGGCAAAUCCAAUGACUUCAUCGGUGGCGUGUCCCUCGGGCCAGGUGCCCGAGGUGAGGCCCGUAAGCACUGGAGUGACUGCCUGCAGCAGCCAGACGCAGCCCUGGAGCGCUGGCACACCCUGACCAGCGAGCUGCCCCCUGCGGCCGGCGCUCUGUCCUUAGCCUGAGUGGAUAGCAGUGCCCUGCAUAGGCCCAUCGGGCUGGGCCCAGUACCCAACCUUCGCACGAGUGUGUUGCACGUUUACACGGGGUGGGCUGCCCCCACCCUGCACUACCUGUCUUAUUUUUGUGAGUCUCAGUGACCCGGGUCUGUCUGCUCGUGAGGGGCUGUGGAGUUCUAUAUUCACAUAUGCAAACCUCCUGCCUGACUCGCUAGUCCCUGCAAAUAUGCAAACACCCCAUCCUCUCUGCAUACCUGGGCAGUGCUCAGAGCCCGGCCCCAGGCCCUUGAGCUCCUCACUCCGGCCUCUCCACGCUGCCCCGUCCCUCUCCCCCCACAGGGAGGAGGUCGGAUUAGGGGAGGUUCAGAGAAGGAGAAUGUCUCAAAAAAAGAAAAAAAAAUAGAAAGAAAGAACAGGACAAAAAAAACAGUGACCCAGAGCCACUCCUUUAAUACAGAAACUUCAUUAAAAAACCUAGCCCCGUACAGGUAGCUGCCCUUUUCAAGGGGUGGCGAUCGCAGGGUCUCUGCCUCUCCAGCAGGUGGCAGAUGCUCCCAGCCACUUGUUUAACUGUCCCCUAGAUGGGGCCAGGGUUUGAAGGCAGGGCCCCUGCCACCCUCCUGGGGGACACCCGUGCAUGUUUAUGCCUUUUCUGGUUGUGUCAGUAGCCGGAGCAUGGCAGCUGGGUAUCAAUAAACACCUCCG